ACUAAACGUCUUUCUUAGCUGAGUUCAUUGGCUCAAUUCAGACAGCUGAAGAUGAUGAGUCCAUUCACAAGCUGUGUACGUCCACUGUGUACAUCGCCUUCUAUACGGCAACUCCUACGUAAUACAAUGAGCAAUGGAAUGGCUCGAAGAGCGAUGACCUCGUCCCCGUUCAACAGAUCUGACUACACCUCGCUGCUACUGGAGAAGAACUUGAUGCACAGGAACCACAUGCUGCCUGAAUCAGCCUCGCUGAGGUGCACAGUGUUCAACGACAAAGGGGACUUGAUUGCAUCUUCGAAGGAUGUGAAGAGAUCAACGCUGAUCUCCGAGUACGGGCUGUUCCCAAGAGACUUGAGAAAGAUUGACAAGACGAACCAUAGCGUUGAGAUUGCGCCGUCGAUCUCCGUAAGAAGGGACUCGAUACUGAUCAACAUGCUGUACAUCCGGUGUCUCAUCAAGGCCGACACGGUGAUUCUCUUUGACGAUAUGAGUCUACGUUCAAGCAGGGCUCAAUCUCAGCUGAUUUCGGAGAUUGAAACCAAGCUGAAGAGCACGACAGACUCGUCACUGGCGUACGAGAUGAGAGCACUCGAGGCCGUGCUGGUUAGUGCUAUGACUAACCUGGACGCAGAGAUGAAGGUGCACACCACGGUGACAAAAGGCAUCCUGAGCGAACUAGAGCAGGACGUGACAAGUGACAAGCUGAGGUUUCUUCUCAUUCAGAAUAAGAAGAUAUCGACCUUUGCUCAGAAGGCCACGCUCAUCAGGGAUGUGAUUGAUGAACUGCUGGAUAACGACGACGAUCUAGCAGAGAUGUACUUGACAGACACUCUCAACAACAAACCACACUCUGUCGAUGACCAUGCCGAGGUUGAGAUGCUGCUGGAAUCGUACUACAAGCAUAGCGAUGAGAUAGUCCAGACGAUCAACAGUGUGAUAGCUAACGUGCGUACGACAGAGGAGAUCAUAAACAUCAUCUUGGAUUCGAACAGAAACCAAUUGAUGCUGCUAGGGUUGAAGUUCUCCAUUGGACUGUUAAGUCUUGGGGCUGGCAUGUUUGCUGCCUCGGCCUACGGAAUGAACCUGGAGAACUUUAUAGAAGAGGACCACUAUGGAUUCCCGCUUGUUGUGAUUCUCACCAUGGCUCCAAUGGCUUUCCUCUUUGCCUACAGCUCAAAGCAUCUACGAAGACUGCAGAAAGUGACCAUGAUGGACCACUACAAAUCUGUGAGGGAGAAGUUCUAGCCAUUCGAGAGUCUGCUUCGAUGAGUCACCCGUGGUUUUAUAUAUGAUAUAAUGAGCUA